UCUUGAAAGGCUUUACUGCUGUUCCUUCUGGUUAAUGCCAGCGUUUAGAAUAAACCGAAACUAUCAAAGACUGAUGGUUAUAAGAAAUGCCUGGCUUGAAGUUGCAUGCUCAUUCAGCGUGUGACCACCGAGAAGUACGCGGAGCAGAUGAUGUUUGUAGAGUGCUGGUAGCAUCGUUUCAAGAAUUAGCAGCUUUCGCUUAUCUUUUCACCUGAAGAAGUAGAAAUGCUGAUUUUUAUGAAUUCUCCGGGUGCUGACCUUUUAUCUCAGAUGACAGCUGAGGAUGACAGUUCCCAAGAAACAUUAUCAGAUUCGACUUUAAAACCAUCCGACAGAAAGACGAAAAGACGUGAAAGGAAUCGAGUGGCAGCUCAGAAAAGUCGGAAAAAACAGACUGAGAGAGCGGACGUCUUGCAUCAGGAACUUGAAACACUAGAAAAAUCCAAUUUAGCCUAUCUGAAGGAGAUUGAGAACCUGAAAAAAGAAAUCAAUCAUUAUAAUGAUGUUUUGAGAGAACAUGAAUCAAAGUGUCUGCUACAGAACCCGGAUGCUCAGGACUUAAACAUGCUGCAUUUAGGCAAAAAUGAGGUAACCAAUGAAAUGGACAUUUUAAGCCUGUGCCUGUCAGACUUGAUAUAUCCCGUUUCAUGAAGAAAAACAGUUGGCUGCUCCAGUUAUACUACUUGUUAAGAAAAGCUAGAAGCAUUACUCUGUUAAUAAUACUACAAUGUACUAAAGGGUUAUGCCUUGAAUGAUGGUCUUUUUAAAUGUAUUACUCAGUUUUUAGUUUGUCAAAUGAAAUUUAAAUGUGGUAUAGUUUGCAUAUCUAAAAAAUAUGAGCAGUAAAUGAACUAUUAUUCACUCCUGAAACUAUGCUUUCUAGGAGGCAUUUUGGUUUUAUAGAGUUUGCCAAAAAAUUACAUUUUGUGAACAUAGAGCCCUUUAAAGGGAAACUAGACCAUACUUUAGCGUAAAUGAAUAGUUUAAUAGCAUUUAUUACCAUACGUGAACUCUAUCUACAGUAUAUAGAAGGAUCUUUCCAGGUUAAUAAAUAUAAAGAUGCCCUUAUGUUAGGUUCAAACAAUCCAGCUCUAUAGUAACAUAACUAAAAAGAAAUACUAUGAAAUCAUCUUUAGCAUUAACAAUAUUCACAUAUACAGUAGUAGUUUUGAAAAAAGUGAACUUAAAAAUUAAGAUUUGUAAAAUUUAGCUGUUACACUGAAUAUCAGUGUGUUACCUAGAUGUGAAAGCAUAAUUAAGCACAAUGCUUAGUUUUUUGUUUACUGCAUAUAAGUGAGAAGUCGACUUGUGCUGAGCGGCAUAGUGACUCAAGGCAUCUUUGAGCUGCCAGUCUCUAAAAUAAUAAUUGUAUAUGUUGUUUCCCCUUCUACCGCCUACUGUAAAAAGUUGAAUUACUUGCCUCAAUGUUUCUACACUGUAGAUUUUAAAUGUAUACAGUAUACUGUGUGGAGUGUAUACAUCAUGCUUCUUUCUUGAGCUACUUAAGAGCCCUGCCAUCCCUUCAAAAGAUGUUCAACAAACCUAUUUGGAUUGCCUGACUUUGUUAUGGGUUAGGAAAAUUAAAUACCCUCUCCAUACAAACAAAUAUAUUUGUCAUUCAGUUAAUACGAGUUAUUAGAAUUGGGCUAAUGUUUGGUGCAGUAUCAUUCAUUCACAUACUGUAACAUUCUAACCCAUUUUUACAGAGAAAUUGUUACUGAUCAAGAAACAUGGGCAGAUUUUUUUUUUAAAGCUUUUUUACUCAUAUUGACUAUCAACAUAUUAAAAGUGCCAAUUUUCAACAAAGAAUAAAUUACUGAAUCCUUAUGGCAUCAAGUAAUACAAUUCACUUAAUGAAUUAUGCCCGGUAACAUUCUUUUGGAGUAUGGGUGAAUAACGUUGUUUCAAGGACUUCACAUUUCUUUGGUGAUGUUGCAGUCUUCUAUUUUCAUUUAACUUGAGGAUGAAAACUGCCUUUGACAGUCAUAAUUAGUGCAAUAUUCAGGUCUAAUUAGUGAAAUUCAACUACAUAGUGUGGAGCCUUUGAGUAACUUUCAAUGGCAAUAGAUUUUAAAGAGCAGCAUUUCUAUUUCACUCCCCACUUGAGUGGUCUAAAAUGUCCAUGCUCAGAUCUACAGUAUAUUGAAAAGAUGUUAACUGUGAAAAUGGAUUAUGUAAUAAAAUUCAGGCUUUACAACGCCUUCUUUUUAUGGCUCUAAGCUUGCCUACAUUAGAGUUCCUUUGCGCUUCCUUCGGGGGCAAGUAUUAAAUUAGCCCUGCAAGGAGGCUGCUCUUCUGGGCAGUGCCAAUCACGUCUGCUGCUCUUCCCGGCACUGCCGAUCACUUGUAUUGUAAAAGUGGGUCCUUCCUUUCCUUCCUCUUGAAUGUUUGUCUUUUAGAUGUUGUACUUCUAGCAAGACUUUUCACUUUUUAUAUUUCCAAAAUACAAAUCUGUCACUUUUGCAUAUCACAAUUAUUAGCAUUUCCUUGAACAGUUCUAGAGUUUCAUCACUUGUUUCCUACAAGAUUGCAGAGUUGAUUUAAUCAUGAGAUUAUGCAUUAUGAUAAUCUUAGAAAUCUGACUUUGGCAUAUGUACUUUUCUAGAUAGCACCAAUAUACUGUACACCUUUUUUAGAAACAUGUACUGUACUGUAUAUGUGUUUUAUUCCAUAUUAUCACAUGUACAGUGAGAUUCUUAAUUGUAACUAAGGGUUGGAAUUGCAGUCCUGUUAAAAGAACUGUAACGAAAGGCGAGAUGACCAACAACUAAAAACCAAAAUUAAUGCUUGAGUAAUUCCUCGGAAUAUAGCUUGCUGUAAGCACAUUGCCAUUCCAUUUGGCUCUUUCUAAUAGAAUGGGCUUUACUUUUCUGAUGGUGUCAAAAUUUAAAGUUCUUUUAUGUGCAUGUUAAGAAACCUGCUUCUCAACACUUUCUCUUUUUUGAUUGUGCGAUUCCAAGCAGAAUCCACACAAUGCAAAAAAUCCUCUAUUGGUAUCUCUGACUACUAAAAAUUUUGCUUACAUCUAAAUUGGGUCCCACGCCAAAGGGUUUUGUCUUUUCCAUGUAGUUAAUUUUACCAUGCGUAUUUGGAUUCUACUCUAUGCUUAUUUUGCGUGGGAAUCUUAAAGUAUUGUAAUAUGUUAAACUGUGUUAAAUGUUAGUUAAUCUCUACAUUGCUUUUUAUUGUAACAAUGUUGCAAACUCUUGAUGGGCAAAAUUAGAAGCCAAAUGAUGUGUCCAUUAUAGUACUGUUAAGUAGUCUUUGUUAUGCCAGCGUUUACAUUUUAGAUAACUCUCUCAAAAUGCACAUAUGAACAUUUUCAGGCCCAUAUGUGUUGUAGCUAUCUUGGUCCAUUCUCUCAUGUGUAGUGCCCUAGUCAUCUGAGCAUUAAUGUCUAAUGAUUUAAAGAUGAGAAGAUUACUUUUUUAUAAUAUAGCAUAUUUUUAUAAAUCAUAAUAAUGAACAUUAAUAUAUGAUUGGCUUUAAUUUGGUUUGUACAAUGUAAUAUUUUACUUUGAAGAUGUUUUAUUAGUCCUACACUUAUUAUUAUAUUUUUACUUUUUGCUUUGGUCUGACCUAUUUUUAAAUGCUCAUAUAGAAUAUAAACCCAGUUACAACCUUCUAUAUUUUUUUGUAUUUUCUAUGUCAAGGUAUCAGAGGUCAGCAGUGGUAGGUGGCAAGGGAUGCUGCAUGUCACUACAUUUCGUUUAUCAUGCUGCUUGUUUGGGCCUUCUACCUCAUUUUUUGCCAUUCUAGCAUCCUUUGCAUCAACAUUAUAAGCAGUGAAUAUGUGGGGAUAUUUUUAUAGGAGGACCUAUUUAAAAUGCAUUUUAUGUCAUUGUACUGCCACAUCCCAGGCAAUUCUAUAUAUUUUAAUCAUGUGUUUUGUGUGUUCCUAAUGUUUUUUUUAUAUCAUUAGAUAUACUUAUGUGGGAAGGAAAAAUAAAUUUUUUUUAUUACCUU